AUGGCCGAACAAUCCUACGAUCCGAAUGACUUCCUCCCAACAGCAUUCCAACAAAUAGACACUGCUACAGGCCGGUCCACUACCAACGCCCUCAAGGCAUCUCGACUCAAAUUGAGCCUCACUACGAAGCUGAAACCCGUUCCCUCACCCGAUUCGGAGGAUCUUCUUGCUCACAGAGUAUGCACUGAUCAUAUGAUUGUUGCUUGCUGGACAACUCAGCACGGCUGGGAUGAUCCGGAGAUGGUCCCUUUCGCUCCAAUCUCCUUGUCGCCGACAGCUAGUGUCUUGCACUAUUCCACUUCUUGCUUCGAAGGCCUCAAGGUGCAUCGUGGAUUUGAUGACAAGCUUCGCCUUUUCCGACCGGAAUAUAACUGUGCACGCAUGGUGGCCUCGGCCCGACGCGUCUGCCUCCCCGAGUUCAAUCCGGAAGAACUGUUAAGCCUGAUCAAGAAGCUCUGUGAGGUCGACGGCCCUAAAUGGCUUCCAAAAGGCCGCCACGGCGAGUCCCUUUAUAUUCGCCCGACUCUGAUCGGAUCGGAUUCGAGCCUGGGCUUUCAGGUACCUGGUGAGGCGUUAUUGGUCAUCCUGCUGUCAUAUUGGCCAGCUUCUACCGGUCCAUCCAAGGGCCUCCGCCUACCGUGCAGCGACGAGGAUGCAGUUCGCUCUUGGCCAGGUGGUACUGGAUCCGCUAAGAUCAGUGGCAACUAUGCUCCUUCCUUACCGAUGCAAGGUGAAGCUCGGAGGCGUGGCUUUGACCAGGUUCUAUGGUUGUUCGGAUCGGAGGGAUACAUUACGGAGGCUGGUUCCGCAAAUUUCUUCACUAUCUGGCGGAAUUACGAAGGAAAACUACAGCUUGUCACUCCUCCAUUGACGGAUCAUCUUAUCCUAGCGGGAGUCACCAGACAGAGUAUCCUGGACUUGGCAAUGGAGAGAUUUGUCGAGACAGCACGUUCUAACUACGGAUGCGAACCUUUAGAGGUACUCGAGAUUAUGCUCACUGUCUCUGAUCUUCAGAAUGCCUCCCGUGAUGGAAGUCUGUUGAGUGCGUUUGUUGUCGGCACUGCCUGCUUCAUGCAGCCCGUUGUCCAUGUCCAAUAUGGGGAGGCUGGGAUAAAUAUUCCCGAAGAGAGCGUUCCCCAUGUGUCAAUGAUGCGCCAAUGGAUGAAAGAUAUCAUGUUUGGUUACGAGGAAAACACAUGGGCGUGUGAGGUUACGGAUGAGUAG